UGUGCGUGUGCGUGGGAUUCUCGCUGUCGUAAGUGUGCGUGUGUGGGUGAGCAGCUGCAUUUGCAUUUUCAAUUUGGGCCAAACUUCGGUACAACACCCCCCCGCUAAGCAGUCAAGAUGACCGAUUUAAAUGAACUGAUGGGUUCACAAUUUGUGCGCGUCAAGGUCGUUGCCUUUGUGCAUUUCUUCUUCAUAUCGAAUGCUAUGCUGGGCAGCUGGGGCCAUGGCGCCUAUGAGUUCUACAAUUUCCUAUUUAUCAUCUCGCUCUUCUGGACUAUACACAGCAAGGACUCCAUUGAGGCUGUACAAACGGCGCUCGUCAUCAAUGCUUCUAGCAUAUUCUUUGAUCUAGUCAGCAUCAUAGUAUAUUUUAAUUUUAUGAAUGGCUGGGCCAUUGCCUUUAGCAUCAUCAAUCUGGUGCUGCGUCCUGUGAGCGUCGCUUUGCUCUAUCGUGAGUUCAACACACGCGGCGGCAGUUUGCAAGGCGGCUCAGUGUUUCCCACCAGUCAGCAGCGCAGCUAUCAGGACAUCGAUCGUCCUACGCAGCCGACUCCAACUAAUUCGCAGCCAGGACCCAAUGUGGCGAGCAUCUUUUAAAACCUUCCAAACCUAACAAAGAUAAAAACAAAACACAGCAUAUAACAAAAUUAACAAAAGUGUAAGCAGUCGUAAUAUUUUUUUUUUUUUGUUUGUUGUUAAGUUUAAGUUUGAAAACGUUUGAUAAAGACAACUAGAGCAACAACGAUGUGCAUUGAUUUAUAUAUAUAUUUAUAUGUAUUUAUAAUACUACUAUGACAUACUUAUAUUAAAAACU